CUGAGAAAAAGGACGAGCGUUCGGCUGGUCUCGAGUCUCACCGCGCGUCCGCCUCGGGUCCAGGUCUGUGCAGGACCCGCUCCUGCUAACGUGCGUAAUGUAUCGUAGAGAGGGAACACAGUAAAUAGACGGACACGUCCAUCUGCACUGAAGAGGAAACGAAGAUGGUGAUGAUGAUGGCUUCACCACAUUUAGCCUCCAGAAGCUCGACAGCAAUGGCGAAGCCUGCCCUCCCACUGAAGCUGUUCCUCUGGCUCUUUAUUGUCGUUAGUCUGCCCACAAGCUCCUUCCAGACUGAUGACGACGAUGAGGUUGCUAACAAGACGUGGGUGCUGACUCCAAAAGUGUACGAGAGUGACGUCACGCACAUCCUCAACAGCCUACUGGAUGGAUACGACAACAAACUGAGACCUGACAUCGGAGUCAAACCGACGGUGAUCCACACGGACAUGUUUGUGAACAGCAUCGGCCCAGUUAAUGCCAUCAAUAUGGAAUACACCAUCGACAUCUUCUUCGCUCAGACCUGGUACGACAGGCGGUUAAAAUUCAACAGCACGAUGAAGGUCCUGCGCCUCAACAGCAACAUGGUCGGGAAGAUCUGGAUCCCUGACACCUUUUUCCGCAACUCCAAGAAGGCGGACGCUCAUUGGAUCACCACGCCCAAUCGCAUGCUCCGGAUCUGGAACGACGGCCGGAUACUCUACACCCUCAGGUUGACUAUCGACGCCGAGUGCCAGCUUAAACUAAAACUUCCCAAUGGAUGACACUCGUGUCCCCUGGAGUUUUCAAGCUACGGCUACGAGGGAGGAGAUAGUGUACAGUGGAAGAGGAGCUCAGUGGAGGUUGGAGACAUCCGGUCCUGGAGGCUGUACAGUCUCCUUCGGGGUCUGAGGAACACCUCAGAGAUCGUGAAGACCGUCUCAGGAGACUAUGUUGUGCUGACCGUCUUCUUCGACCUGAGCAGGAGGAUGGGUUACUUCACCAUCCAGACCUACAUCCCCUGCACCCUGAUUGUGGUCCUGUCCUGGGUCUCAUUCUGGAUCAACAAGGACGCUGUCCCUGCUAGGACAUCAUUGGGCAUCACCACCGUCCUGACCAUGACCACGCUGAGUACGAUCGCCAGGAAAUCCCUUCCUAAAGUGUCCUACGUCACCGCCAUGGACCUGUUCGUGUCCGUCUGCUUCAUCUUCGUCUUCGCCGCGCUCAUAGAGUACGGCACGCUGCACUACUUUGUGAGCAACAGGAAGCCGAGCGCCAAAAAGGACAAGAAGAAGAAAAACCCGCUCCUCCGGCUCUUUUCCUCAAAGACACCCACGGUAGACAUCCGCCCACGCUCGGCCACCGCCAUCCAGAUGAACAACGCCACGCACAUGCAGGAGCGGGACGAGGAGUACGGCUACGAGUGUCUGGACGGGAAGGACUGCACCAGCUUCUUCUGCUGUUUCGAAGACUGCCGCUCGGGAGCCUGGCGGCACGGGAGGUUGCACAUCCGCGUCGCCAAGAUAGACUCGUACGCACGCAUCUUCUUCCCCACUGCAUUCGGUCUCUUCAACCUGGUCUACUGGGUCUCCUAUCUCUAUCUCUAGGCCUGGGUGUGUAUCCGGCCAGCAUCACACCGUUCAUUACAUUCUACAUUACGCUCUGUGCCGGCGAGGGACAUUCUGAACGAGGGGACCCACUGCAACACAAGAUGGUUUAAUUUAAAGCAUUUUCCUUUAACUCUUGGGUUUUAAUCUCUCUGUGUUUCCAGUCAUGUCGUUCGGUAUCAUGACAGACACUGCAAAUGUUGUAGCACUACAUAUAACUGGUAUGAGGAGGUGUGUAGAUGUGUUGUGGAAGCAUUGAUCGUGUGAGAGUCUUGGGUUUUUUUUGAUUUGGGACUUUUUUUAAAUCACCUGUUUCUCAAAAGGAGGUUUUUACACAUUAAUUUGAUUCAAUGCAUUCCUUCCACCGUAAAUAUGAAGCAAUGCAGAUCACAGCAGACACAUCCAUGAGAGAAAUAUCAACCACAAUAACUACAUUGUGUUGUUAACUAUCUUUCCUUUCACACACAGAAAAAUCUGACGCACUUUAAGGGAGCUUUGUUAGACGGUCACAUGACGCUUCAUUUGGAUGCUGGUUUAUUUGAUUUAACUCAGAAGUGUUGGCACAAUGAAACCUUUUCUAUGUGUGGUCAGAGAGAGAGAGAGAGGAUGCUGUUUAUGAACAAUGCUCAACUGUACAGACACUGUAUAUAUUUUACUAUUACAUAGUGGUUUACAUUUAUUGCAUGCACCUUUCAGGCCAAAAAUCAACAUGUUUUACGGUCUUCUAUCGUUGGCUAUGGAAACUACAGAAAAAGAGCACUGUUGAUUAUCAUUCAGGAUUUCAUUCUACUUUUUUCUAGGAAAAACUGAAAAAAAAAAGAAGAAAAAAAAGUGCCCAGUUCAUCCUCUUGAGUUGACUCAUCUUUGCAUACAAGUGGAGAAACAGAGAAUAACAGGCCAGACGACUGGUGUCAUCGUUUCCCUCGCAGCCAUUAGCUUCCUGUAUAGACAACUCUGACCUCUCACCCGCUCCUCCACCUGCUGUUAAAAGCAUUUCCAUAAAGACAGACCGCUGUGUAUUUUUGUUAUGCAAGCUUUUUACAGGGACGCAGAUUUAAACAGAACACAAGUUUAAAAAAGAGAGGACUCUUCCUUUAACGUUUAAGGAGGGGAUUCAGAAGUCUCUGCAACAGGGCGGAUAAAUACAAAUAUGAAUCUAUAGAAAUGAAGUUAAAGCUUUAUUUAAAUAACAUUUGAUUUUAUGAGGACACACUCUGAGAAUGUUGAAUAUCACAGACAGAGGGAUGAUUCAGAGGCUGGGCAGGAACUCGUUGAUUGUUUUGGUGACACAAACUUUCUGUUGAAUUAAUGCCUGAUUCAUGAUGAGUUCAUGUCUGAGUUAUUGUAACAUGUGUCAUUAAUUAUUCCUGUUUCUCACCUCUAAUGAGGAAGUCACUCUGGCUUCAUUCAUUGAGUUUGACUUUCAAUCAAUCUUUAUUUGUACAGCGCCA